AUGCCAAAAGAAAUUACAUAUUGGCUACUUGUAUAUGUUGAAAACUUUCAAAGAACAAAAAAACAUCAAAGACAAUUACAGAGAGAAGCUAAAGUUAGAACAUCUAGAUUAGAGUUAUUUUGGUUACUAGCAGUGAGUAUUAAUGAUGAUAUGAAUAUGAAUAAUUUGGAUAGUGAUUCUGAAAGUGACUCUAAAGUUGAGACUAAUAAUAUUAUGUCUUCUAAAAAGUUGAACAAUAUUAUUAAACAUUUGAAAAGAGAAAUUAAAAGUAAUAAGCAUAGUGAGGCAAUAAAUUAUGUUCAAAAUAGUGCAAUUCCAACUUCAAGACAAGGUAAACAUUCAAAAACCUGGAGCUUUUUAUGGACAAUAAUAUUUGAUGCAAAUUAA